CCUGAUUUUUGCACUGUGCCUGCCAAUCUUCAGCUGUGUAACUGUAUCUCUUCUUCUUCUUCGCUCGCGCCUCACCCCCGGAGCCGGAGACGGACUGAGAAGAUGCCUGCGAAUGCUGCGCUGCCGGCGCCGGCGAGAGCCGGAGCUUCCGUCGCCUGCGCUCCCGACCGCCGGUUCGGCGUCUGCGGCCACCGCUACGUUCCCCCUCUCCUCCGCCUCCCCCGCCGACCCUCUGCCAUCCGCGCCGUCGGCGCCCGGUCGUGGCCGCCCAUCUCGGACGGCGGGAGGCGGCUCGGUCUCGCGGCUCGCAAGCUCGCGUUCGUCGCGAGAGCGGCCGAUUCCACUCAGCCCGCGUCCGCCGGCAAGGCGAUUAUCCCCGACGAUGAGUUCUCUCUGGCCAAGGUUUCGUUCGGUGUUAUUGGAUUGGGAGUUGGAGUUUCGCUUCUGUCUUAUGGAUUCGGUGCAUAUUUCAAUAUCCUCCCUGGUUCUGAAUGGUCUGCUUUGAUGCUGACAUAUGGUUUCCCUCUGGCGAUUAUCGGUAUGGCCUUGAAGUAUGCGGAGCUCAAACCAGUACCAUGCUUGACCUAUACAGAUGCUCAAAUGUUGAGGGAGAACUGUGCCACCCCAAUCUUAAAGCAGGUUAGAAGUGAUGUCAUUAGAUAUCGGUAUGGGGAUGAGCAGCAUUUGGAUGAGGCAUUGAAGCGAAUCUUCCAGUAUGGCCAGGGUGGUGGAAUCCCACGAAGGAGUGCGCCUGUUCUAAAGAUGAUCCGCGAAGAAGUCACUGAGGAAGGAAAGUACUGCUUGGUUUUGGUAUUCGAGGCAAAAGCAUUGCAGCUGUCUGAUUUUGAGCAAAGACAGGCGAAGUUUGCUUCGUUCUUUGGCCCUGGCAUUUCAGCUGAAGUAGCAAAGGGAGAGCAGGAUCUCUAUGAAGUGAGACUCAUCUCCAACGCAACCCUGGAUGCAUCGUCUUGAUGGAGGAAGCACGCUAACGCGUUCUUUUUCUCCCUCCUGGCACUCCGGCGCCCCCAACAGAACUUCACAGAGAGUUUCUUGGAGCGAGAUUCUCUCUAGUGCAUCUUCAUUGCCGAUGGCACUGUAACUGGACGACCGCCACUCAAAUGGGUACAUAAUCAUAUGACCGAUAUACAAAUUGUCAUUUCGCGUUCUAUUUUGGGAAUACUUUAGGAAUACUUACAUAUCGAUAUAUCAAUUGUCGACA